GCACCAAGGGCGUCACUUUACAGAGGGUGCUAUUCGAUCUGCCGGCUACUGGAUACUUGGUGGCAAGAGAUGUAUCAACAGAGUGAUCUUCGAGUGCAUUGUCUGCCGCAAACUCAGAGGAAAAUGUCAAAUGCAAAAGAUGGCUGACUUGCCGGCAGACAGACUGAGCGCUGAACCUCCCUUCACCAAUGUUGGGAUGGAUGUGUUCGGGCCAUGGGCCGUGGCAGCACGCCGGACAAGAGGGGGGCACGCCGAAAGCAAGAGGUGGGCAGUCCUUUUCACUUGCUUAUCUGUCAGAGCAAUUCACAUCGAGGUAAUUGAGUCUAUGGAUUCUUCGAGCCUCAUCAAUGCAUUCAGAAGGUUCCAGGCUAUCCGAGGCCCAGUGAAACACCUACGCUCGGACAGAGGCACAAAUUUCAUUGGAGCCUCUAAAGACCUAGAAAUCCCCUCUAACGCUGAUGAGAAAACAGUACAGAGAUUCCUCUCUGACCAGGGCACCACAUGGACUUUUAACCCCCCGCACUCCUCUCAUAUGGGAGGGGUUUGGGAAAGAAUGAUAGGUGUCACCCGCCGCAUCCUAGAUUCCAUGCUCAUGCAGAUGGGAUCUUCCAAACUCACACAUGAGGUUCUCACAACCUUUUUGGCAGAGGUCACUGCCAUUGUGAACAAUCGCCCACUUGUGCCUGUGUCCACAGACCCUACAGAGCCCUUCAUCCUCACACCUGCAACACUACUGACUCAGAAGGUGGGCCCUUGCCCACCCCCACCUGGUGACUUUGACCACCAAGACUUACACAAGCGGCAGUGGCGUAGAGUCCAAAGCCUGUCCAACACAUUCUGGGACAGGUGGCGCAAGCAAUACCUGGCAACACUGCAACCCCGCAGGAAGUGGCCAUCCGACAAGCCAAAUCUCAGAGAGGGAAGCGUAGUGCUUCUCAAGGACAUUCAAUGUAAGAGGAACGACUGGCCUCUCUGCAUCAUCACAGCUGUGUACCCGAGCAAAGACGGACGGGUACGCAAAGUCCAGCUGAGAGUUGCCAGGAAAGACGGCACCAAACUGCUUCUCAGGCCUGUAAAUGAACUGAUCUUACUCAUUCCUCCAGAUAAUUGAGUGGUAUCCCGUGUGAUUAGUGUAACAUGUUUUAAUGUUUAAGGAGUAUGAUACUCUUUGAAAACUCAGUCAUUCGAAUGAACAACUUGUUUAUGAGUUAAGAAAAAAAAAAAAAAAAGAAAGCUAGGAAAGGAAAGAAAUGAGUGAAUCCCCCAGGGUAUUCAGGCGGGGAGUGUUCUGUUACAUGCAUUGUUUCAUGUACUAUUGGUAAUUUGUACUGCGAAAUCUCAGGUUAACUGUUAUUGUUUGUCCUUUACCGCCACCUUCUGGCAAGUUUAGUUAAUUAUCUAUGCGACGGGAUGUCUGACGUCAUAACUAAGGGACACCUGUCAGAUCGGCUCUGUGUUUACUCUUCCAAGUUUCAAGUUUGCCUUGAAGGCACCGUUGUUUUACCCUCUUCAUAAGCCAUAAAAACCGUCAAACGGAUGAACUUUGUCUGCGUGGUUUGUGGAGUGGCGUUAACUGACUGGAUACCUGGCAAGGCGUCGGGGAGGACAGUACA